AUGGCGGAUCACCCCGAGGACGAGGAGUUGGAAUUAACAUACGAAGUCGAAGAUGACGGAGACGCGUUGAAAGUAGGAGAAGGAGAAGCUCAUAACGAGGACGAAGAGGGGAAGCGUAGUGCUGGCGACGGAGCCGCCGGAAGCGGUGGUAACGGCGGUGGCGAAUCCGGCAGCGGUGGCGGCAGCGGAGGUGAUGGCGGAGAACGAGGAGGUCACGGGGGAGGAGAUGGGGCGAUCGCGCACAACGCGCAAUCGGGAGGUAACGCGCAGGAGACGGCGGGGCAAGGGGGAAGCGGAGGCGGAAGUCUAGGCGCUGACGGCCAACCACAAGGAGGCGGAAAUUCCGCCCAAGCGCAUCGUCCCGCGCAGGGCAUGGCGGGGCAAGGGGCAAGCGGAGGCGGAAAUUCCGGCGCGCAGCUGCAACAGCACGGCGGAGGAAUGGGCGGAAAUGCUGGGCAGAUGGCGCAAGGGGAAGGACAGGGAGUGUUUGUGGGGGAUCUGCACUGGUGGACGACAGACGCGGACAUAGAGGCGGGGGCGUCAGAAUUUGGCAAAGUGGUGGGAGUAAAGUUCUUUGAAGAAAAAGCUACCGGGCGAUCUAAAGGGUAUUGUCAGGUUGAUUUCGCCGAUGCAGCAGCGGCGCGUGCUUGUAAAGAGAACAUGGCAGGGCGGCUUUUUAAUGGCCGUCCCUGUAUAGUCACACCCGCCACCCCCCAAACCCUAAGGCACCUUGCUAUGGCUUCCGCCCAACCUGGGCCCCACAUGGGGCCCAUGGGGGGAGGUCCGGGGGGAAUGGGGGGAGGAAUGGGCGGAAUGGGGGGAGGCAUGGGCGGAGGCAUGGGGGGGAUGGGCGGGCCGGGGGGGAUGGGAGGAAUGGGGCCUAUGGGUGGGGGGAGAGGAGGUGGGGGUGGAGGCAUGGGGAACUUUCCUGGAAGAGGUGGGGGUCCGAUGGGGGGGCCGAUGGGAAUGGGGGGAAUGGGGCCAGGUAUGGGGGGUAUGGGGGCAGGGAUGGGUGGAGGAAUGGGGGGAGGAAUGGGGGGAGGAAUGGGAGGGAUGGGAGGGGGGAUGGGAGGGGGGAUGGGUGGAGGGAUGGGGGGAGGUAUGGGGGGAGGUAUGGUGGGUUCUAUGGGUGGUAUGGGCAUGGGAGGGGGCCCAAUGGGUGGGGGAGGGCCAAUGGGGGGAGGAAUGGGAGGAGGCAUGGCAGGAGGCAUGGGGGGAGGCAUGGGGGGAAGCAUGGGGGGAGGCAUGGGGGGAGGCAUGGGCGGAGCGGGCCCUAUGGGGGGAGGUUCUGGGCCAGGCAGAGGCUUUGGGCGCGGGGGGAUGAUGCCUGGGCGAGGCAUGGGGAUGGGGGGAAGAGGGGGAGUCGAUGGGGGAAGGGGGGGAAGAGGAGGGGCAGGCGGGGACUGGGGUGGAGGGAUGGGGGUAGGAGGGGGUAUGGGAAGGGGGGGAGGGGGAAGGGGAGCUGGUACAGGGGGAAUGCCCUUCCCCGGAGGACCCCCUAUGGGGGGAGCCUUCUUUGGAAGAGGAGGGGGAGGGGGAGGAGGGCAGAUGGGAGGAGGCGGAGGGGGGAUGGGCAGUGCAGAUGGUAACAUGGGUGGGUGGGAAGGGGGAGGAGGAAUGGGAGGAGGGGGAGGAGGGUCAUGGGGCGGUGGAGGAGGUGGGGGAGGAGGGGAGGCAGGCAAGGGUGGUGGUGGUGCCGCUGCUGGUGGUGGUCUGAACAGUGCUACAGGAAGUGGGGAGUAUUUUGAAGGGGAGGGAGGAGGGAGCUCCCAUAGAGGAGGGGGCGGGAAAAGAGGAGAGAAUGCGGAGGAAGGGAAUGAAUGA